AUGGCGAACGAAAAACAACAAAAUGCCGAAGCCAACCUCCACGACCAGACUCAACUCCUCCCGAAGGGCCAGCUCAUCCUCGUCUUCGUCAUCAUGGCCACGGCCCUCAUGGUCUGCUUCAUCGAUCAGAACGGUAUAGGAGUCCUCCUCCCCGACAUAGCCCGGGAUUUGAACGCCGCCUCGUCGAUUUCGUGGGCCGGGACGUCCGCUUUGAUCGCGAAUACCGUCUUCCAGGUUCUGUACGGCCGGCUGAGCGAUCUCUUCGGGAGGAAGAACAUCAUGCUCUCUGCACUCGUGCUGCUGAGUUUGACGGAUUUGGCCUGCGGUCUGAGCGUCAAUUCCACGAUGCUGUAUAUCUUUCGAGGUUUGGCUGGAGUUGCCAACGCGGGCAUUACGAGUCUCAGCAUGAUGAUUGUCAGUGAUGUCGUCACCCUGAAGGAGAGGGGGAAGUAUCAAGGAAUCUUGGGGUUUAUGGUUGGAAUGGGCAAUGCGGCGGGUCCUUUGAUCGCGGCCGGGUUCGCGGUGCACACGACUUGGAGGGGAUUGUUUUAUCUCCUUGCGCCGUUGUGCAUGGUGGCGUUUGUGGCGAGUUGGAGGUGGUUGCCCACCAAUAUGCCUAAGUUGAACCUGAGGGAGACGUUGGCGAAGAUCGAUUUACUUGGGUUGUUUUUGGGGACUGCGGCCAUCAUCUUGCUCUUGAUCCCUGUCUCGAGCGGUGGACAUGCGGAUACGCCCUGGAACUCGCCGAUGGUCAUCGCCAUGCUUGUGGUUGGAGUGGUCUGCUUUAUCGCUUUCUUGCUCGUGGAAUGGAAAUGGGCCAAGCUACCGAUGAUGCCGCUGUCGAUGUUCAAGAGUCCAUCUGUUGCUGCGAUGAUGGCCCAAUCCUUGCUCCUCGGGAUGUCCUACCAGACGUACCUGUACUUCCUGCCGCUGUACUUCCAGAACGUCCGAGGGAAAAGCGCGCUCAUCUCAGCUUGCCUGCAGCUUCCUAUGGUCGGGUCACAAUCGUUGGCAUCGAUAUCUGGCGGACUUUAUAUGUCGAAGUUCAACCGCUACGGGGAAGUCAUCUGGGCUGGCUUCGGAUGCUGGACUUUGGGAGCCGGCUUGUUCAUCAUGGCUGGCAAGGACAUCAGUCUCGGCCUCAUUGCGUUGUUCGAGAUCUUCAUUGGUGUUGGGACUGGUCUUACUUUCCAGCCGACGCUGGUUGCGCUGCAAGCACAUUGUCCGAAGGCGCAGAGGGCGGUGGCGACGUCGAACAGAAACUUCUUCCGAAGUUCAGGAGGUGCAAUUGGUCUCGCGGUCUCGUCAGCCAUCCUGGCGAACGUACUGAAGUCUUCGUUGCCUCAGAGGUUGCGGUAUGUGUCGGAGAGGACCUUUGCCGUGCCGAAUCUGAGUGGCUUUUCUCCCGCGGAUCGAAUCGCCAUUGUCGAUGCUUAUAGCGAUGCCAGCCGGGCGGUCUUCAUCUUCUGCGUGCCCAUAGCAGGCAUUGCGCUGCUGCUGUCCGCAGUGAUCAAGGACAAGGGUCUGGUGAGGAAGGAGGAACAGCAGGCUGCUAAACAAGACGCAGAGGCACAUAGAAUGUGGUCAACUGUCAGUACACCUUAA